AUGCUGGAACGUUAUAAAGAAUAUAUUCAAGUAAAUGGAUAUAUUCAAAAUUUCAUUAAUUUCAAGCCAUCAUAUUUGAGGCCAAAGAAAUUUCUUUUAAUAAUUUCAUUUGUCGGGACGCUAAUUACUUUAUUCAUAUCUUAUAAAAUACACUUUGCGCCUAAUGCUCCUUAUAAAUAUAAUCAGUUUAUUGGAAAGGAAGCAUACAGAAAUGGCAUUAUUAAAUGUAACAUGAUAAAAAGUGAUAAGCCUAAUAAUAAGAAUACACGAACAAGUAAUCCUAGGUUUGUUCCAGGAACAAAAACAAUUAUUUUCAAAAACGGAAUUAUUUUGAAUGGAAACAGAGAAAAGAUUUUAGGUGAUAUCAUCUUAAAAAACGGAUUAAUUCAUGCUAUCGGUCAGAACCUUUCAGAUGAGGGUGAAGCUAUUGUAAUUGAUGUUAAGAAGAAAUACAUUACUCCUGGACUCGUUGAUAUGCACAGCCAUGCUGCUAUCGCGUCUUGGCCAUCUUUAAUUGCUACUGAUGAUGCUAGUGAAAUUUCCUAUCCGCUUACACCUUACGUUCGUACGCAAGAUGGCAUCAACCCGAGUGAUCCAGAAAUUCGAAUAAUUGCAUCUGGUGGUAUUACAACUUCAUUAGUUUUACCUGGUAGUUUGAGUUUAAUGGGUGGUGAAGGUUUCGUUAUCAAGAUGAGACCAGUUGAUACUGUUUCAGUGGACGAUAUGGGAAUUAAUGCAAACAUUGAUACAAAGAAGGAAAGAGUUUGGCGCUGGUUGAAAAUGGCUUGUGGUGAAAAUCCAAAGGAAUAUUUUGGUUCUCGUAAGCAAAUCCCCAGCACACGAUUAGGAGAAGCAUGGCUCUUCCGUAAAAUGUUCGCUGAGGCGCAAGAAUUGAAACAGAAGCAAGAUGAUUGGUGUAAUGCUGCAGCAAAAUUAAGUGAUGGUGAACAAUUGAACUCAUAUUUUCCGGAGGACCUUCAACUCGAAAGCUUGGUGGCAUUAUUAAGAGGGGAUGCGAAGUUAAAUCUUCACUGUCUUGAGAUAUUCGACGUGGAAACAAUGAUUCGAAUUUCCUUGGAAUUUAAUUUUACUAUUGCGGCCAUACAUCAUGCGUCAAGUGCUUAUAUGAUUACUGAUAUUAUUAAAAAACGAGUAAAAAAUAAUAUUACUAUUGCAACGUUUUCUGAUAUGUGGGGACAUAAAAAGGAAUUAUUUCAAGCUAGUACAAAGACACCCAAAAUUUUUGCAGAUGCGCAAAUUCCUGUAGCUUUGAAAUCUGAUCAUCCUAUAACAAAUUCGAAACAUUUGGCAUAUGAAGCUGCCAAAGCUUAUCAUUAUGGCCUUGAUGAGCAUCAUUCUCUUGCAGCCAUUACAUCAGUGCCCGCAAAAGCACUUGGUCUAGAUCAUCGAAUUGGUCAAAUUUCUUUAGGAUAUGAUGCUGAUGUUGUGGUUUGGGAUUCUCAUCCCCUUUCAUUGGGCGCAACACCAUUAGAAGUUUAUAUCGAUGGAAUUCCUCAAUUUAACACUCCUUUAAGCGUCCUUAGUAAUGAAACACCAAAGCAAUCUUUAUCAGAUAAUAUGCCAAAAUCUGAUUUUGCCAGUGAGCCUGUUAAAUCACGGACAGCUUCUUCAGUCAUAUUAAAAAAUAUUGCCAGAAUUUACGCUGAUAAAAAUCACACAUAUUCAUCAGUAGAAGGGAAUAUUAGCAUCAUAGUUAAAGGUGGCAUUAUUGAAUGUAUUGGUAUUAAUUGCAUAAUACCAAGUAAUAUUUCAUCGUAUGAAAUCAUUGAUUUAAAUGGUGGCUAUGUAAUACCGGGAAUUAUUGCUUUUGGUCCCGCUUUGGGAUUAGCAGAGAUCGAAAUAGAAUCCUCUGCAAGUGAUGGGCAAGUGGUUCCUAUAAACAAUCCAUAUGAUGUUGAAGAUAUUAUAUAUGCAAUAGAUGGAUUAAAAUUAGGUGGAAAGCAUUUAGAAGCAGCGUAUAAAGCUGGAAUACUUACAGCAGUCACUGCACCUCUUUCUUCUAAAAGCGCGAUUACAGGGGUUUCUAUGGCAUUUAAAACCGGUGCUCGUUCUAUUUUUGAUAAUGGAUCAAUUAUAAGUGAAAAUGUUGCAUUACAUGCUCAGAUAGGCACUCCAUACAAAGAUGACCGUAUACCAACAGUUUCAGGUCAGAUUUCUCUUAUCAGAAGAACAUUAAUAAAAAAUCUUGCACAACAAAAUAUCAUCGGUCGCGUUGCACGCGGUGAUAUUCCGUUAAUAGUAUAUGUUGAUAGUAAAGAUGAAAUUGCUUCUUUAAUUAAAUUGAAAAUUCAAAUUAAAAAUUAUGGAGGAAAUUUAAAGCUUGUGAUUUCAGGUGGUGCUGAAGCACACAUGCUUGCGAUCGAAUUGGCCAAAAAUGAAAUUCCAGUAAUACUUAACCCAUCAAGGCCUACUCCAAGGUUAUGGACAGCUCAAAAUGUACUUAUGGGAGCUCCUAUUACUAAUAAAACUGGAAUAGAUAUACUUUAUGCAAAUAAUGUUAAGAUAGGAAUAGGUGUGGAUUUAUUUUCGUUAGGAUUUAAAUCAUUUUUAUUAGGAUUUGGCACGGAAAGAAAUUUAAUUUGGGAUGCUGGUUGGGUAUCACGAAAUUCCAAAGGAUUAAUUUCACAAAAAGAUGCUAUUGGAUUUAUUACAUGGAGCUUGGAAGAAAUCCUUGGCUUAAAUAUGAGAAAUGGGUUGCUUAAAGGCAAUAUUGCAAAUUUUGUGGCAUAUAAUGGAAAUCCUUUUGAUAUUAGUACGAAAGUAAAGAUUGUUGCUGGUGGUGGUAAAACUGAUAUUCUUAUUGAUCCUGAACAAGACUAA